GCGGUCAGUGGGUGUUUUGGCCGGGGUCGUCCUUCCCAUUCGCACGUGUCCGCUGCUGCGAUGCUGCCUCUGCUGCGCUGCGUGCCCCGGGCCGUGGGCUCCGCGGUCGCGGGCCUCCGAUCCGCCGCGCCUUCCCUGCCACUCCGGCAGCUGCUGCAGCCGGCUCCCCGCCCGUGCGCCCGGCCUUUCGGGCUGCUCAGCGUGCGCGCGGGGUCGGCGCGGCGGCCCGGCCUCCUGCGGCCUCGCGGCCCCUGCGCCUGCGGCUGCGGCUGCGGCGCGCUGCACACGGAAGGGGACAAAGCUUUUGUUGAUUUCCUGAAUGAUGAAAUUAAGGAGGAGAAGAAGAUACAGAAACAUAAGUCCCUCCCUAAGAUGUCUGGAGGUUGGGAACUGGAGGUGAAUGGAACAGAAGCUAAAUUAAUACGGAAAGUUGCCGGAGAGAAGAUCACUGUCACUUUCAACAUUAACAAUAGCAUCCCACCAACUUUUGAUGGAGAGGAAGAGCAGUCCCAAGGGCAGAAGGCUGAAGAACAGGAGCCGGAACUAACAUCAACUCCAAACUUCGUGGUUGAAGUCAUAAAGAAUGAUGGCAAGAAGGCGCUGGUGCUAGACUGUCACUACCCAGAGGAUGAGGUUGGACAAGAAGAGGAGGAGGAGAGUGACAUUUUCUCCAUCAGGGAAGUGAGCUUUCAGUCCACUGGAGAGUCUGAAUGGAAGGACACAAAUUAUACGCUCAACACAGAUUCCCUGGACUGGGCUUUGUAUGAUCACCUAAUGGAUUUCCUUGCGGACCGAGGGGUGGACAACGCUUUCGCAGAUGAGUUGGUGGAGCUCAGCACGGCCCUGGAGCACCAGGAGUACAUUUCUUUCCUUGAAGACCUCAAAGGUUUUGUCAAGAGCCAAUAGAGAGGAUAGCUCAAUUUUAUGGCAAGCUUUGGCUAGUGAACAGUAUCUACUCUAAAGCUAGAAAGGUGUACUUUGAAAUGGUUUUCAUUGUAAUAUCAUGGAAAGUAAUUCAUCUAUAAAUUAUUUCUGACCUCUUAUUUACCGUUCAUUUGUUUCUUCUCUACAGAUCUAUUAUUUCUAGAUUUUUGUAUAACAAUAAUGGACAAUAAAUUUGGUUUAUCU